AUGUGGAAAAAGGCCAUAUUGGAGACUUUACUCUUGAUAAGAAUGGAAAAGGAAAAUCAUGACAUACGAGGUAGGCCUUCUAACGUCCUUAACUUUGGUUUCAUCACUGAUGAUCCCAACACAUAUAUUUCAAUCAAUAAGUAAUCAAAAAUAUUUUUGUCCCCAUAAUUGGACCAACCUUAUUCCCCAGUGGUCCCCCAUGUAAACCAACAUUCCUGUCUAUAAAAUAGAAAAUUGAUUUACAAACAGUUGAUAAAAUUUCAGAUGGAGAUCAUUUUGAAAUGUUGAUCAUGCAAGUCCUUGACUGUGGGAUGGAAUAAAAAUAUAUAUAUAUGGGACCCUUCCGGUUUCGUGAGACGAUGGAGUAGCGAUAGACUUCAUCAAAUGGCUUACGAGGCCGAUUCUGGAAUGACAGUCUUGGCUACACUUAUCGCAGGAGAACAUUGACUCCUGCUUUAAUUUGGCCUUUUAAAAUGCUCUUUUUGUUGCAGGGGCUUUGUUUCAAGCAUCUUCUUCCUUUUUGACUCUAUCAAACACUGCUGUUUGCCAGCUGGAUUGAUGCUCAACAAUGAUCUCCCACUCGUUGAUUUCUGUCCAGGCUUUCCUCAUGCUCCUUUUGCCAAUGUCCUUAAAGCAAAGAUAUCUAAUAAGUCUUGCCCCUUCUGCCUACUCUCCAUACAGCACAUCUUUAACAUCUUUGGAAUACAACCUUCCACCAUUCUUCUUACAUGGCCUAACCAAUGAUGGCUGCUCUUGCUAAGAGAGGAGAAUAUGCUACACAUUUUGGCCUGCUUAAAAACCUGUGUAAGGCACCUUGACCUGCCAUCGAAUGCGCAAAAUGUUACGCAGACAUCUUUAGUGGAAGCUGUUGAGUUUUUGCUCAAGACUGGCAUAAGUGGCCACACUUCACUGUCAUAAGCACACAUGCCUAAUAGAUGCUUAGUUUUGUACUUUCUGUGAGUUUAAGAUUUUUUCACACCCACUUAUUCAAUUUAGCAAUAGUUGCUGCUGCUUUUGCGAUCCUGAUGUUCAGCUCUUUGUCUGCUGACAGUGAACUAGAGAUAUUGGAUCCAAGGUGUUUCAAAUUGUCAGCUACCGACAGAUUAUGGCUCUCAAUAGUUGUGUUUGGACUGUGACAUUUGUUUUCUGUAGACUGAUGGUCAGUCCUAGCUCUUCACAUGUUCUUCUGUGUGCUAUGUUAAGUCAGCAUUGUCAGCUAACAGCAACUCAGAAAUAAGCACCUUUUUUACCUUGGUCUUUGCAUGAAGCUGGGCGAUAUUGAACGGCCUACCAUUAGAUCUGGUAUGGAUGUACACUCCAUCUUCACAGUCCCUGAAGGCAAACUGGAGAAGCAUUGAAAAGAAAAUGGAGAAGAAUGUUUGUGCCAGUAUGCAGCCUUUUUUUACUCUGCUUUCAGCUGGGAAUGCCUCAGAGACAGUACCAUUGAUUGUAUAACGUUUAGCAUUAUCAGGGACAACCUGUUUUAUGCAAAUACUGAACAGGCCAUUCCGGCUUGCCAAGUUGAAUGCCUUGGUCAGAUCUAUGAAAGCAAUCUAAAGAGGGCUAUGCUGUUCAAGACACUUAUCCUGAAAUUGAUGUAACGAGAAUAUCAUAUCUCUAGUUGCAUGACCACUUCUGAAGCCACUCUGGGUAGAUACGGUGAGCUGGACUCUGAAAUAUUUUACGGGCGACACGGGCAAUGUCUUGGCAGCUAAGCCAAGAAGAGAAAUUCCUCUGUACUUUUUUUUCAAUCACUACAGUCACCUUUUUUUCAUACCAAAUUACGAUGUUGGCUUCUGUCAUGUCCUGUGGAAUGUGACCUGCUUCCCAACACAGACUGAGGAGAUCAUGUAAGGGAUCAAGUAGUAUAGAUUUUCCAUUUUUGAGGCCUUCCAGGCCUUUGAGGCAAGGUAACCAGUUGCUUUUUUAGAACUCCUGCAAAGUUGGCUCUUCAUCUAGUUCUUCUAUUAUCGAGAAAAUGGGCAUAUGUUCCUGUGGGAUCUCAUUGACUACAUUCAUUGUUACUUAUCGUUCAACAUAAUCCUAAACCCAAUGCAGAUGUUGAUUGUUUGGGUUCAUGAUAACUUGACCUGCCUUGGACUUGAGUGGUGUUAUUUUUGAAGUGUGUGGACCUAAUGCCCUCUUAAAAUAUAAAUAUUAACAAUAUUCAUAGAAAUAAUUAAAAGAAAUCUCUAGCUGCUCUGAGGGUUCUAAUAAAUUGAGUUGGUCUUUAAGAAAUUUCAUAAUUAAUUAGAUGAUGCAUGUCUCAAUCUCUGGGUUGGACUCAAUAUUUAGCUUUACUUGCAACAAAAAAGUGAAAACUUCUUUCUUUUAGUUUUCAAUUCUUCACAAGAUUAGUCUGUUUUAAAGUUAGCUGGACAUUUCAAAUUACUCCCUCAUCCAUACUUUGGCAAAGAAGUAUAAAUAUUUGACAUGAAUAUCCAUGUCAGAGUUAGUGUCUAAAGCUAUUUAAUGUAUACAUUUAUUUUGUUUUCUUUUCUAGUAUUUAUACUUCAUAAGUAGUUUUUCAAGUUUUUUUCCAAUGGGUUUUAUUUUUAGGUAGCAAAAUCUAUAUAUUUAUUUUUUUAUUUUUUUUUUAGUUUUACCAACAAUUAAUACUUGAUAUAAUCUCUAACAACUGAAGUAAGUCUUUGAUUGACAUCAAUUGAAUUUCACUGCCCUUGGUCCAUUGAAACCAUUUAGAUGGUAAAAUAAAACCAUUUAGAUGGUCCAAUAAAACCAUGUAGAAGGUCCAAUCAAACCAUUUAGAAUGUCCAAUGAAGCCAUUUAAAUAAAAAUUUUAAAAUAAUUUCUUUGGAAAAAAUUGAUUUGUGAAGACAUUAUUUUAAAAUAUUUACACAUGGUGGACAAAUACAUUCAGUGCGACGCACUUUAAGUGUUGUUUUAAAAUGAAAUACUCCAUUCAUUCCUUUAAAAUCCAAACACAAUUUGUUGGUAAUCCACAGACAAAAUAAAGCCCUUGACUAAUAUGACAGAAAUAGAUAUCAUACAUAAAAAAGAAAUUGCUAUAAUAAAAUAGUGAAAUAAUAACCAUUGUUUUUUCAUAUGAUUAAUUUAAAAGAGGAUAAUUUUGUGUUUCCUUUUUUUCCCAUGAAAAUAGUUUUUUUAAAGCAUAUUUUAAUGUCACAGUUUAUGUAGUAGUUUUACCAAAAGAGUGUUGCAAAACUCUUUCCAGUUUUAAAUUUAGAUAGAGAUCUUGUCUCUGCUAGAAGUUUUUCCAUUUUGAAUUGACAGCAAGCAAAGAAUUUUAUUUACAUCUUGUGUUGUUUCUGUUUUAUGUUUUUUUUUUACCUUCCCUGCUGCACCACUAGAAAAUUUCAUCUUGUACGGAAGUCUUUCUGUGGUAGUAUUUCGUGGUAAGAUAAAUCAUAUUAGUAGCUAUCUUAGAUUCACUGUCCCUCUUUUAAAAUUCUAUUGGUCCAAAUAGGAAAACAGAAGAUAGGGUUAUUAGAUUUUAUCCAGCAGUGUUUCUCAAACUGUUUGUGGUUUGUGUGUGGGACUUAAUGAUGAACCUAUUAGUGGAUAUUUUUUAAGGGCACCCUCUUUUAAAAUUAAAAAAAUUAAAAAUUUAAUUAGAUCUAGUCUAAUGAUUUAAAAUAAAAAAUAAAAAUUUAUCUAAAAUAGCACUAUCCUGUGCCUUUGUAAAUUCCUGCAAGUAAACGCAUUGAAGGAGUUGGAUCUCAAACCUUUUUUUUUUUUUUAAAUCACAAUUAUUGUGAAUUUUAUUUCCAUUUUAUUUUUUUAGCCUUUGAUUUUUUUAUUUUUUUUUUAUUAUGGAGCAUACAAUUGUCUUUUUUUUUUUUUUUUUUUUUUAAAUUUUGGGGGUCGCUUUUGUGUCCCAGUAAAUAAAAAUUUAAUUUGUAGAAAAUUUUUAAAUCACAAUUAUUGUGAAUUUUAUUUCCAUUUUAUUUUUUUAGACUUUGAUUUUUUUAUUUUUUUUUUAUUAUGGAGCAUACAAUUGUCCUUUUUUUUUUCUUUUUUUUUUUUAAAUGUUGGGGGUCGCUUUUGGUGCACAGUAAAUAAAAAGUUAAUUUGUAGAAAAAUGAAAAGAAAAAUUGUUGAGUAGUAUGUAGAUGUGAACAACUGCAUGUCAAAUGAAUAGAAUGAGAAACACUGCAUUGCCGAAUCAAUCCAAUUAUUUUAUUUUUUUUUUCAUUUUUUUGCUUGAAUGGAGUUAAGUUUUUUUUAGAAUGUUUACUAAAAUGUAUAGCACCCACAAGCUAUUGUACUCAGAGAACCUGAGUUUAGGUGGUAAGCAAAAGUUAUGCAUGUCACAACCAGGGUCAACUCUGGGUGCUCACAUUUUAAAGGAGGGACAACUGCUUUGUUUUUUUUAGUCAUUCUCUUUUGUUUAUUUCCAUUGAAUGCUUGGGAAUCUAGGAGAGAAAUACCGGCAGGGUUGGUUCGGGAAAUAGUCCUCAAUUUAGGAGAGACUUAGAAUAAGCACAAUGCUUUAAACUUUAAAACAAUAUUAAGGGGCAUUAUUCUUAAAUAAUCUUAUUUUAUAACAAAAAUGGAUAUCCCCUUGUCACAAGGAAAUUAUAUUCUAAAAUUAUCUUCCCUUGUGUGUUGACCUGUAGCCAUUUUCCUUGAUUAUUAGAUUAGUGAUGUCUUAUCAAUAAAAACUAUCUGCAAUAGAAUCAAUAUUAGCCAUGUUCCCAUUCCUUAUUUAUCAUAAUUAUUCAUAGAAUAUGAAGUAUUUUAUUCUCCGUUAAGUUUGUAACAAAUACAAGAUUGUUCACAAUUCUUAACAUAGCACCAAGACAUGUUGUGUGUGACUGUACAAAUUUUAAGAAAUAAGUAAGACAUUGUCUUAUGACAAGAUCAGAUCUGGGUUAUUAAACACUGUAGUCAGAGUCAUCAAAGUAUGUUGUCAAAAUUAUUAAAAAGAAAAUGAGAUUCAGCAACUAAAAAAUUUAGUCAAAUUAUGUUGCCAAAAUUAUUAAAAGAAAAUGAGAUUUGGCAACUAAACACUUUAGUCAGAGUCAUCAAAGUAUGUUGUAAAAGUUAUUAAAAGAAAAUGAGAUUCUGCAACUGUCAAGAAAAAUUAGAAUUUGUGUUGACCUCAAUUGACCAUGGGAAAUAAAUCUUGUGUGCCAGAAGUGUAAACUUGGAUUUAUGGUUAAAAAAAUCUUUAUUAAUUAAUCCUCAGCCAAGAUAAAAAAUAUGAAACAGGAUCAUCAUAAUUAAGUAGCCAACAGAUGGCACAUCUUUCAAUACUAGUUCAAUGUCAAUGAAAUAAUAUCAUGUUGAUUCAUCAUUUUGUUUUAAGAACUUGGCUAAUGCUCCUUAUAGUUUUAAAUAGUCUUUUGUUGAAAACGCAAUAACAUUCUUAAGGACUUUAAGCUCCUUAUAACGUAUGUUCAUUGUCAAAGCUAUUUUAUCCUUUUUGUUGCCGUGCAGACUUCGUAGAUAAAAUUGCUUGCGUUGGCUGAACUGAGUUUAUCAAUGAAAACAAUUUUAUUUUGAUAUUCUUUUGAUUUGUAAAUAUUUGUUCACUAUCGCUAUAAAAUUUUUUUAUUUAUACUUAAAAAUUAUCAAGAAAAUAGACUUAAAUCAGUGCUUCUCAAACCAUUAGUGAUAAGUGUUUCUUUUUGGUUUUUAACAUAGGACCUUUCUUUUAUUAAGAAAAAAAAAUAAAAGACUUAUAUAAGCAGUGUCCAUGAUAACAGAUGGGUUACUUUUUUUUUUCCACUGAUGUCAAGUGGAGUAGCAUUGAUCUGGGUGAGACUUCAUGGCCUCCAGGCACUUGACGAUGUCUCAUAAACAAUUUUAAGAAAGACAAAAAUAAACAUUGACCUCAAGAAAAUUAACCCAUGUCAUGAAUUUUAAAAAAUAUCACAUUGAAACCAUGACUUUGAGAAUAUGAGAAAUUGGACUAGACUGUGACAGCUCUAGAAAAUUAUUUACUGAGACUUGAAAAAACAUCUUGGCUUCUAUUUUUGUUUUGAAUGUCAUUAAAUAGAUCAAAAAGUGUGUAUUAAAUAUUUAAAAAAUUGCUUUGUUCUUUCAUAUUGUCAUUUCUCUCUUUGCUUUUCAUGUUUAAUUUUUACUCUUUAUUGCUGCCUCACCGCUGGGAGGUUAAAUUUGAUCAAUAUUUUAUAGCCCUCAUAAGAGAGCAUGGUUGGCUAGGAUUUAUUUUUAGGUAAAAGUUGUUUUAAAAAAAAAUAAUAUAAAUUAUUAUCAUAUUUUUAAAAAAAUAAAAAAAAUUGGAUCUGAAAAAAAAAACGUGGCUGAAAACCUUCAAAUUAAAAGGUAAAAAAUAAAAAUCUGCGACAAGCUUUUAGAUUUUUUGCCUUUAUCAAAUUUUGUUUUUUUUCCUUUUAUUUUGGGGAAUUAAUGUAACUAUUUUUGUUUGGUUUAUCAUGGAAAUGAGGGUAAUUGAGUUUACUUUUUUUCCCCCCCAUUUUUGAAAAUGUUUUUUCUCCAUUUCAGCAAGGCAGGAGGAAGGGGGAGCGAACUGUUGUCGUAAACUCGAGUACCAAGAGUUAACGCCCUGUCUCAAGGAAAUUACCUCAGUCUGGGAACAAAUGUUGGCCAUUCAAGGGGACGAGGCCGAAGGCAGAGGGGGUGAGCUGGUCGAUGAUGGAAAGCCGGUGCCAAUGAACAAACUAUUAGAUUUUGUUAAAAAGGGUACGCUGCUUACUUCUUUAUGUCACUCAGACAAGUAACAUAGAAGUUACAUUAGAGGAGUUAGUUAAUGAUGAUGAAAUUACAGGAUGGUUUUGGUCCCUAAAUGGUUCAUCAAUUCUUUGUAGAGUUAAAUAGAGAUUGAUUUGUUCUAAAAUGCUACCUAAAUCAAGCAACACAUUUAAACAGCUAAAUCUUCAGAUGUCAACUUGAACUGUUGAAAUUCUUAGCCCACUUAGGAUACAGCUCUGUCUGUCCUUGUAAGUGUUAACUAAAAUGUAUUCAGAAUUGAAAUGUUGUGUUUCCCUGGAAAAUGCAAGCUUCACAAGUGGUCAAGGCAUACUCCAUCAGUUUGUUUUAUCUGGUCUCCUACCAUUUAUCUGGUCUCCUACCAUUUAUCUAUCUGGUCUCCUACCAUUUAUCUGGUCUCCUACCAUUUAUCUGGUCUCCUACCAUUUAUCUGGUCUCCUACCAUUUAUCUGGUCUCCUACCAUUUAUCUGGUCUCCUACCAUUUAUCUGGUCUCCUUAUCUGGUCUCCUACCAUUUAUCUGGUCUCCUACCAUUUAUCUGGUCUCCUACCAUUUAUCUGGUCUCCUACCAUUUAUCUGGUCUCCUACCAUUUAUCUGGUCUCCUACCAUUUAUCUGGUCUCCUACCAUUUAUCUGGUCUCCUACCAUUUAUCUUGUCUCCUACCAUUUAUCUGGUCUCCUACCAUUUAUCUGGUCUCCUACCAUUUAUCUGGUCUCCUACCAUUUAUCUGGUCUCCUACCAUUUAUCUGGUCUCCUACCAUUUAUCUGGUCUCCUACCAUUUAUCUGGUCUCCUACCAUUUAUCUGGUCUCCUACCAUUUAUCUGGUCUCCUACCAUUUAUCUGGUCUCCUACCACAGGUGUGCCGAGAGCUCUGAGGGGCCAAAUCUGGUUGUUCUUAAUGCAGCAGCACCAGAUGAGUAGUACCGUGCCUGAAGGGACGUGUGAGGGGGCCGACUAUGAGGACCUGCUCAAACAGCUGACCACUCAUCAGCAUGCAAUACUCAUUGAUUUAGGUACUGGGUAAUGUGCGUUUGUGUGUGUGUUUUCUGUGAGUUACUUUGAAAGUUGGGGUAGAGUGUUGUGUGAGUGUUUUGUUUUCUUUUUGUCACAUACAUGGGCAGCACCCUCUCCAGGUCAGUAACAACAGAUGAUUAUGAUCAACAACGAAAUUUCUAAAGCAAAUUUUGCUUUCGUAAGGCUCUGCAAGAGUGUCAGAGAGCGAAGGGGUCUCGGUCUUCUCACUAGACUAAAAUUAUAUAGGGCAUUUGUAUUAACAUCUCUCCUAUAUGCUAUCGAGAUGUUGAUAGAUUACAGCAGACAUGCUGGACAACUAAACCAUCUCCACCAAUGCUGUCUACGUAAACUUCUUGUCAUAAGGUGGCAGGGCAAAGUCACUGCUACAACAGACUGACUAUAUCAUCAUCUACAGGCUUCUACUAAAAGGACAAGCCAGAUGGCAGACUAAGGUUCAGGGAUUACUCGUACAAGCUAGUGAGGUAGACUUAUUGUUGGAUGGUACAAGCUAGUGAGGUAGACUUAUUGUUGGAUGGUACAAGCUAGUGAGGUAGACUUAUUGUUGGAUGGUACAAGCUAGUGAGGUAGACUUAUUGUUGGAUGGUACAAGCUAGUGAGGUAGACUAAUUGUUGGAUGAUACAAGCUAGUGAGGUAGACUUAUUGUUGGAUGGUACAAGCUAGUGAGGUAGACUCAUUGUUGGAUGAUACAAGCUAGUGAGGUAGACUCAUUGUUGGAUGAUACAAGCUAGUUAGGUAGACUAAUUGUUGGAUGAUACAAGCUAGUGAGGUAGACUCAUUGUUGGAUGAUACAAGCUAGUGAGGUAGACUCAUUGUUGGAUGAUACAAGCUAGUGAGGUAGACUCAUUGUUGGAUGAUACAAGCUAGUGAGGUAGACUCAUUGUUGGAUGAUACAAGCUAGUGAGGUAGACUCAUUGUUGGAUGAUACAAGCUAGUGAGGUAGACUCAUUGUUGGAUGAUACAAGCUAGUGAGGUAGACUUAUUGUUGGAUGAUACAAGAUAGUGAGGUAGACUCAUUGUUGGAUGAUACAAGCUAGUGAGGUAGACUCAUUGUUGGAUGAUACAAGCUAGUGAGGUAGACUCAUUGUUGGAUGAUACAAGCUAGUGAGGUAGACUUAUUGUUGGAUGAUACAAGCUUGUGAGGUAGACUCAUUGUUGGAUGGUACAAGCUAGUGAGGUAGACUUAUUGUUGGAUGAUACAAGCUAGUGAGGUAGACUUAUUGUUGGAUGGUACAAGCUUGUGAGGUAGACUUAUUGUUGGAUGGUACAAGCUAGUGAGGUAGACUUAUUGUUGGAUGAUACAAGCUAGUGAGGUAGACUCAUUGUUGGAUGAUACAAGCUAGUGAGGUAGACUUAUUGUUGGAUGAUACAAGCUAGUGAGGUAGACUUAUUGUUGGAUGGUACAAGCUUGUGAGGUAGACUUAUUGUUGGAUGGUACAAGCUAGUGAGGUAGACUUAUUGUUGGAUGAUACAAGCUAGUGAGGUAGACUCAUUGUUGGAUGAUACAAGCUAGUGAGGUAGACUUAUUGUUGGAUGAUACAAGCUAGUGAGGUAGACUUAUUGUUGGAUGGUACAAGCUUGUGAGGUAGACUUAUUGUUGGAUGGUACAAGCUAGUGAGGUAGACUUAUUGUUGGAUGAUACAAGCUAGUGAGGUAGACUCAUUGUUGGAUGAUAGAAGCUAGUGAGGUAGACUUAUUGUUGGAUGGUACAGGCUUGUGAGGUAGACUUAUUGUUGGAUGGUACAAGCUAGUGAGGUAGACUUAUUGUUGGAUGGUACAAGCUAGUGAGGUAGACUUAUUGUUGGAUGAUACAAGCUAGUGAGGUAGACUUAUUGUUGGAUGAUACAAGCUUGUGAGGUAGACUUAUUGUUGGAUGAUACAAGCUUGUGAGGUAGACUUAUUGUUGGAUGAUACAAGCUAGUGAGGUAGACUCAUUGUUGGAUGAUACAAGCUAGUGAGGUAGACUUAUUGUUGGAUGAUACAAGCUAGUGAGGUAGACUCAUUGUUGGAUGAUACAAGCUAGUGAGGUAGACUUAUUGAUGGAGCACAAUCCUCAGAGAAAAAAAAACAGCGCUCACACCCAAAGAAAGCGCGGGGCAAGGAAAAUCAACUCCAAUCCAACCAGGACCCAAAAUAAUGUGUGUCCUAAGUGCGCUCAAGCUUUCCAGACACAAAUUAGGACCGGCAUGCCACCUGUUCACUCUUUAAUAGUCUCGGUCAUCUUGGCAUGUGAAGGACGAACAACAAAAACACUUUGAAAGUUGCAUUGGAGCAAUGAUUGAGGCUGCAUUGGAGCAAUGAUUGUGACGUGUGAGUGUGGUGUUUUCUGUUCUAGUUUGUGUUGUACAUUGUGAAUAGGAGGAGACUUGCCACUUGAAAAGAUUGAUUUUUUUCAAUAAUUUCACUAUGUAAUGUCCUGAUUCAAUUGAACCUGUUUCAUUUUAUCAUGUCCUCACUUGACGAUCAAGUACAUGUAAUUAUUUUUUUUAUAAAGUGUUUAUACAUUGCAUUGUGCAUUUAUGUCAUAUCAUUUUAAAAAGUCAGGCCAUUUUCUAUCUGUGAAUUCCCUGGGGCUUCAGUGUAUAUGCUCUCAAGCAUAGGGGAACAUUUCAAUGAAAGCAUUCAGAUCAGCAGCCUGACUUCAUUCCUAUCAAUUGUUAAUCUGUCAUUCCCCUUAUGUGAUGGACCUGUAGUUUUCACACACGUGUCAUUCCCCAGGUCGCACAUUCCCUUGCCAUCCCUACUUCGCCAAAGCCCUGGGACCGGGUCAGCUGGAGCUGUUCAACCUCCUGAAGGCCUACAGCUUGCUGGACCCUGAAGUUGGCUACUGCCAGGGGCUCUCGUUCAUCGUCGGCCUUUUGCUGAUGCAUGUGAGUUCCUUGUGAUUGAAUAAUGGGCUUUCCAACAUCCUCGUGACAUGACAAGACCUGGGACGGACAGUCUCACUCUUUGAAUCAGAUGUCUCUACAAGUAUUCUAGAACUUCCCUAAUCCAGUUGUUAUGUGAAUUAGUGUCAUGACGAUAUGUAACCCUACAAAUAUGGUGCUGUAAACGUUUUAUCAGACAAAAAUUGACUUGUUUUGUUGUUGUAUUGUACACAUAGUUAUUAUUUUAAAAAGAGAGAAAUGUUAUGUUUUAUGUAAAAAAUAUUUAAAUGGAAAUACAAAAUUAAUUAUGUACAUUGGUGUCUAUGUGUCAUGGAUAGAGACUAUUUACUGACUUACACUGAAUCUGAAUUGAAUACUUUAGGGUCAAAGAAGAUUGAUACCAACAUGUUUGGAAUGGUUGAAUGGUUCCAGCUGACCUUAUGAAAUGUUGUAUUGUGAGAACGUUUCAAGAGACAAGGGUGCAACAUUGUGAUGUCGUAAGAUGAAAGACCAAUCUGACCAAUCUUGUACUUAUCUCCACAGAUGGAAGAAAUCUCAGCAUUCCAUGUUCUUAAAUACAUGAUGUACGACCUCGGCCUUCGGAAACAGUUUCGGCCUAAUAUGACAGCCCUUCAAGUGAGUUUGGUGGACAUUUCUGCCUGCCUUAAACAAAGUACAUGGCAUACUAUUUAGAAGCACUUUUGACCCAAUCAUGUUUCUCUUAGUGUACUAGGUGUCAAGUAAUGACAUGAUAAAAAUAUGAAACAGUAAAUAGGCAUUUAUUUUACAAUCGCAGCAUGUCUCCAAUAUGUGGUGACAAUUCGUGGUGAAUGUGUCAUAAAAUGUUUCAAUAUACUGUUCAUAAAAUGGCCAUUGAUGUGGUUUUGUUGAAAUGUUAAUUAUGUUCAAAGCUCUAUAAAACAAGUAGUUUAAUUAAUUGAUGCCGAUCAGAAAAAAAUAUUUGAAGCAAAAAAAAAUCAAUGUCUUAAGAGAACUCAAUGAGAUUUUGUUCAUUAUAAUUCAAUAAAUCUGUCCAUGUUACAGAGGAUACCACUUGGUUGUGUCUCUUAUGUUACAGGGGAUUUUGAAACACUUGGUUGUGUAUUUAUAUUAAAGAGGAUUGUGCAUCACUUCUCAGUUGUCUGUUAUGUUACAGAGCAUUGUGCAACACUUUCUUGUGUCUGUUAUUUUACAGAGCAUUGUGCGACACUUGCUUGUGUCUGUUAUUUUACAGAGCAUUGCGCAACACUUGCUUGUGUCUGUUAUUUUUCAGAGCAUUGUAUGACACUUGCUUGUGUCUGUUAUGUUACAGAGCAUUGAGCAAAGCUUGCUUGUGUCUGUUACGUUACAAAGCAUUGUGCGACACUUGCUUGCGUCUGUUUAUGCAGACAUUGUUUAUAGUUACCUGUGUUGAGCCCAUGCUGGUGUCAUCCAAUCACAGAUCAAGCUGUACCAACUGACCCGCCUCCUCCACGACCACUACAAAGAUGUGUACGAGCACUUUGAGACACACGAGAUCUCCCCCACACUUUACGCUGCCCCCUGGUUCCUCACACUGUUUGCCUCGCAGUUUCCACUGGGAUUUGUGGCCAGAGUUUUUGGUGAGUAA